CCCUUAUUUUGAAAGUGUUGAAUGCUGCGAGACGGAAUCCGGGUGGCGGCUCAUGACGCGAGCAGCGACACGUCAGCCACGCGGAAGAGGAGCUCAGCCGCCGCAGCACCGCCGACACCAGGACCGCAGUCUCUUCGAAAUGGGUGGUUUCUUCUCCAACCUGUUCUCUGGCCUGUUUGGCACCAGGGAGAUGAGGAUAUUGAUCCUGGGUUUGGACGGUGCUGGAAAAACUACGAUCCUCUACCGGCUACAGGUCGGAGAAGUGGUCACAACAAUCCCCACCAUCGGCUUCAACGUAGAGACAGUGACAUACAAGAACCUCCGGUUUCAGGUGUGGGAUCUGGGAGGCCAGACGAGCAUCAGGCCCUACUGGCGGUGUUAUUACUCCAAUACAGAUGCAGUCAUCUAUGUCGUCGACAGCAGCGACCGCGACAGGAUGGGCAUCUCCAAGUCUGAGCUGGUGGCCAUGCUGGAGGAGGAAGAGCUGAAGAAGGCCAUCCUGGUGGUGUUUGCGAACAAACAGGACAUGGAGCAGGCCAUGACGCCCACUGAGGUGGCCAAUGCCCUGGGCCUCCCCGCCCUCAAAGACAGGAAGUGGCAGAUCUUCAAGACCUCGGCCACCAAGGGCACAGGCCUUGACGAGGCCAUGGAAUGGCUGGUGGAGUCCCUGAAGAGUCGGCAGUAAAGACUGGCACUCAAACACACACACCAUACAAUCUGUGUAUAUACUCCUGACCCUUGACCCCUCCGUAUGAAGCCUCCAGUCUGAGCCCCCUUCAGGACCAGUGACUGCACUCCUGAAUCCCAAACCUACCUGAAGCCUUGACCUAAAACCUUCCUGAUGCCUAACGCCUUUCAAGCCUGGGACUGAGAAGCAAAGGCUGCAGUAACAUCUGGACUGGACACUCACACACACACACUCACACACACACUACCCCUUUGUCUCUGUAUGUGUAAAGGUUAGAUAGCUGGGGGAUUGCUGUGAUGAAUGAGCAAUCCACCAGACCGCAUGUAGUAUAUCCACCUUUUUGUAUGUUUGGGAAAUGCUCACCUUUAAAAAAAAUCAUUUGAUAACUGAACCUGUUUCUGUAUUCCUACAAACAGAAAUUUUAUGUUAAAUGUUGGACAUUUUAUGAUGCAGUUUGUUAUAGUGUUAGCACUGAAAUAAUUUAUCAAGUGGAUUGAGAGGGAUCAAUAAAUGAAGCUCCUUUUUGAAAAGCC